AUACACAUAUACACGCAGUUCGACAGUUUUGUUUUAUUUUUUAUAUACAUAUAUAUAUUUAUAUAUAUAUAUAUAUAUAUAUGUAUGUAUAUAUAUAUACAUAUAUAUAUAUAUAUACACAUAUACACACUUUAUAUACAUAUAUAUAUAAAUAAACACUUUGCAACUUUAUGCCACACGCUCGCAAAUACCAACGUGGUGUUUUCGCUUAACUUGACCUCGAGCUGCAAUUGUUCGCGUCGCAACAAAAGUGGACGACAAAUGGCUGGCUCGGCGCUGCGUCGCCUGAUGGCGGAGUACAAACAGUUAACAAUGGAUCCGCCAGAGGGCAUUGCCGCUGGACCCAUCAGUGAGGACAAUUUCUUUGAAUGGGAGGCGCUGAUUGCCGGACCCGAGGGCACCUGCUUUGAGGGCGGCGUUUUUCCAGCCCGUCUAGUUUUUCCACCCGACUACCCAUUAAGUCCACCAAAAAUGAAAUUCACUUGUGAUAUGUUUCAUCCAAACAUUUUUGCCGAUGGCCGCGUUUGCAUAUCAAUACUACACGCCCCCGGCGACGAUCCCAUGGGCUAUGAACUGUCGGCCGAACGUUGGAGUCCAGUGCAGAGUGUCGAAAAGAUUCUAUUGAGUGUGGUUAGCAUGUUGGCGGAGCCCAAUGAUGAGAGCGGCGCCAAUGUGGAUGCAGCGAUUAUGUGGCGGGAGAGGAGGGACGAAUUCAAUCGCAUCGCACAGCGAUUGGUGCGCAAAACACUCGGCUUGUCAGCCUAAAACCUCGACUGAAGCGACUGGACAGAACCCGGAAUCACAUUAGCAGAGCCGUCACUCGUGUAAGAGCAGCCCACAACCACGAGCCCCACAAAUCCUACUAUACUUUAACACAAUCUUGAAAGGAAUCGAAACAAAAAACUGAUUGCAAAUCCACAAUUCCUCCCAUGAGUAUGUGUAUGUCUAUGUGUGUGCGUGCGUGCGUGUGUGCGUGCGUGCGUGCAUGCGUGUGUUUGUGUGUGUGUGUGUAUGUGCGUUAGUGCUCUUGUAUGUAUGUACAUUUUCAAAAUUUAGGAGAUCAACAUAAAAGGAAAACAACUAAAACGAAGCGAAAAGAGAAAAAUACGAAAAAAAUUCGAUGCUAUCAAAAAAGAAAACACAAAAAAAUACCGAAACCUUGUCCAAUUGAUAUUUGAAAACCUGAAAUCUUUAAUUUGUAGUCGAAAACAAUGCGAUCGCAAUUAAUACCUAUGUCAUUUAAUUUCAA